CAAUGUAUUACAAGAAUAAAAACAUCUCUUGAGACAAUUUGUUUCUGUCAGUAUGAAAAAGCUAAUAUCACUUUCGAACCACUUAUCUGUGAUGAAUCACAGGAUCCAGAGUUGCGUGUUAAACGACUGUCAAGAGAUAUUUUCGUUCGGUGCCUGUUACGGGAUAGCACUGGUCAAUUGUAGCGGCUCGAAUCAGAGUAUUUAGUUUGUGUUGUUGGUUGACAGGUGCGGUUUUUGUGUGGCUGUGCAGAACAUCAGCGUGAAAUUAUGUCGAAUAUAAAGCAAGAAAUCAAAACGGAGGAAGAGCAACAGAAUUAUUCAAUGAGUAACAAUAGCGAUCCAAAAAAUAUGCAGGAAUUAACACAGUAUGUGCAGACCUUACUUCAAGGAAUGCAGGACAAGUUUCAAGCAAUGUCAGAUCAGAUCAUAACAAGAAUAGAUGAAAUGGGCAAUCGCAUUGAUGACUUGGAGAAAAAUAUAACAGAACUAAUGACACAAGCUGGUGUGGAAGGGCCUGAAAAAUAAAAAGGGAACUGUUUGCAUUUCAAAUCACUGUAUGAAAAUUAAAUUUGCAGACUGAAGAUACAUCUUUAACUUGAAGAGUCAUGUUGCACCACAAGCAUUAAAUAGUUCUGAUAAAGUGUUGUGUAGUUGUUAAGAGUUAUUUUCUAUUUAUCAUUGCACAGUUAAGGCACGAGUAAUGGUGGAAGUGACUUCAUGACUGGAAAGUAAAUGAAACAGUGUGGUGGUACUUUUGAUCUUGUAUAGGCCUGAACUUGAAAAGAUAAGUUAUUGCAUAUCCAUUUUGGAAUCCCAAGUGUAUUGGAGUGUGUUUAGUUUCAGAUUAUUACGUAUUGUAAUGUUGUCAGAAAGUUUGUCUUAUAAUUUUUGUAAAUCAGCAAUAUGAUUCAAAAUUUAAUCAAUUUUUUAUGUCCUUUGUGUGAUCAGUAUCUGUCAUUGUUCAUGAUAUAAGGAUUUUCAAGACACACUCAUCCAGUCAUGAGCCUUUAUACACAAGAGGCAAUUCUUCAUUAAUGGGUAUGAGUGUAACUUUGUAUAUAAUAUUUAUAAUGAAAUAAUCAUGAACUUUUCUAAUGUUUUAUCAAA